UUGCUUUUGUCCCCUCGUCCUUUGUCGCUGGCUCGCUGUCCUCCGGGACAAAACAGCCAAGGCGCAAGCGGUAAUCUUCCGUUGUGUGGGCGUGCUCUGCUGCAGACAGUGGUGACGCCGUCUCUCUCCGAGAAGAAGGGCGCGAGGGAAAGGAUGGAGGCGACGGUCGACCUCAAGUACGAGCCGCUGUUCCCGAACGGCGGCGUGUCAUCGGCGACCAAGAAGACGAGGCUCAGGGUGGCGGCCGGCGGAGAGACGUGGGUGUACCGCGAGUGCCUCAAGAACCACGCGGCGAGCCUGGGAGGUCACGCCCUGGACGGGUGCGGCGAAUUCAUGCCGUCGCCGGAGGCCGACCGGGCGGACCCGAGUUCGCUCAGGUGCGCCGCGUGCGGAUGCCACCGCAACUUCCACCGCCGGCUCGUCGAGCUGCCACUGCCACCGCCUCUCCUCGCCUUGCCGCCACCACUGGCGCCGGCGCCGGCUGUCGCGUCGCACGUAAUGCGUGACAGCCGCCGCACGAUGCGCGGCGAGGAGGCGCGCCUGCCGGCCGCAUUCGACGACGAGGCGGAGGAGUCGGACGCGAGCUCGGAUUUCUACGAGGACCGCCCGCUGUCGCCGAUGCCGGCGCAGGCGGCAAUUGUGUCGCCCGGCUACCGCCAGGCCACGACGCACACGCUCCUCGCGCUGAUCAUCGGCGCGCCGAGCCCCCAAACCCCCGCAGCGGCGCCGCGGCCGCCCCCGCCCACCUCCGUGGGCCCGAUGCCGGCGCCCGCGACUGCUCCCGGUGCCGCCGCCGCCGCGGCGGCGGCGGCGAGGAAGCGGUCCCGCACGAAGUUCAGCCCGGAGCAGAAGCAGAGGAUGCAGGCUCUGUCGUCGCGACUGGGUUGGCGGCUGCAGAAGUGCGACGAGGCGGCGGUGGACCAGUGCUGCCAGGAGAUCGGCGUCAGCAAGGGCGUCUUCAAGGUCUGGAUGCACAACAACAAGCACAACUUCGUGGGCGGCCACAGCGCGCGCCGCAGCGCCUCAGCCUCAGCCUCUGCUGCCGCGGCCAACCCGGCCAUGCAGCAAAGGUCCGACGCCGCCGCUGUCUACCCUUCCUCCCACGGCGAUGGCGCCCCAGCAGCAGCCGUCGUUGCCCACCCAUCCGCUCCACCGCCCGUGCCUGUCCACUCUAACUUCAACAUCGAAGGCACCGCCGCCGAUGACUUCCGCGUCCAACCGUCGACGGCGAGUGGCGGCUCGCCGCAGUCCUAGUCAAGUUAGUGCUAAUCAGUCAUGGUUAUUUGUAGCCUCGUGUCUAAUUAACCAACCCUAAUGGAGUCCUAGCAAUGUUGGAUGCAUGGGACUAUGGGGGAGUUCUAGUGAAGCCUGCUGGUCUUUGUUAAUGGUGGAGCCCAAAGAAGGAUCUUAGAAAUGUGGGCUUUUAGGAUCUGAUGAUGUAAUGAACUAAUGAUCCAGGAUUAGUGCUUAUGAGUACAGUAGCAGCGAGUG